AUGCCCCCCCAUUCUCUCAGUCACUCCCCCUAUAAAUGGUCGGCCGCCAACGACUCCCUGGAGCUCAGGAUCACGGGUGAAUAUGGUCUGUCCAGCACCUGGUCUUUGUGUGUCCUGGGUGCCUCAAGGUGGGACGUGGUUGUUGAGCACAUUGUCAGUACAGGAGAACAGAUACAGAUAUACAGAGACUUACAAACUCAGCAGAGAAAGAGAGAAAAUAUGGAGGGAGAUGAGAAAAAACAGAGAACUUGUCAUGUGCCAAAGAGAAAACAACACAGUGACAGGGAGACAGACAAUGUGAAAGAGGAAGAAAGAUGUAUGGGUACAGGGAAGCGGUUGGUCACCAGGUCAAGUACUGGAACCCUGCGUUCCUGCUCAAGGAUAGUGUCAGUACGGCCAUGCUCUAAAAACAAGGUCUUUUUUCUUCCAGCCCUAUACAUGAAACCUUCUCUCUUACCCCCGCUGGGCCCCAUAGUGCUGUCAGAAGGAAACAUGACCUUGUGCUGCAGCUCAGAGAGCUCAUUUGACAUGUAUCAUCUAUCCAGGGAGGGGGAGGUCCGUGAACCCUGGUUCCCUGGAGCGCAGAGCUUGAGUGAUACAUUCCAGGCAGACUUCCUCCUGGGCCGUGUAACCCCAGCCCAUGGUGGGACCUUUAGAUGCUACAGAUCUUUCAUUCGAUCUCCUUAUAAGUGGUCAGAACCAAGUGACCCACUGCAUAUUUUGGUUACAGGUGAGGAACCUGUCCUAUGGCAAUAAUCAGACUAAUUUUUAAGGGCAGCCCCAGAAGGUGAUGGGGAACGCCAGGGAUUCUGAAGGAAGUAGACAAAGAACACGACAGUAAGAAAAUGCAAGAACCUGUAAGGCCUAGGGUGACCCAGCUACUGUCAUGGAGGGAGUCAGAGAGAAGUCCUCCAACACCUUCCUCCAUGUCUUGUUUGAGGCCCACAUUGGGUUCAUAUGUUGCAGGCUGCCAAAGAAAGAGAUCAGGACAGACUCAACAGGAGUGGUACAGGCCAGGCUCAAUUUGGAAAGAUCAAAAGUAGCCUCAGCCCUUUUCCCUUAUUUCUCAGAAGCCGGUCCUGAUGUCUCAUCCACGGAGUGAUUCCCCAAGUAGGGAGCACAGAUGCCACUCAUACUGAGGGUGGAGAAAAUGAUGUCUCUUGACUGUGGGCAUCUUCCAUCCACAGGCAUCCCCCAUUCCGUCUCUAAACAAAGAAAAAAAGCAGUUCUUAUGGAGUUGACUCAUACUUAUGAUGAACCACGUGCAUCAGAGGAGAACUGUGCUCCAUAGGGUUUUCUUCUUUUUAUUUAUUUAUUCGUUUUUUAUUGUACUUUAGAUGAAGAUUUAUACAGCUAGUUUCUCAUCAAACAGUUAGUACACACAUUGUUCUAUGACAUUGGUUAACAACCCCAUGACACGUCAACACUCUCCCUUCUCAACCCUGGGUUCCCUAUUACCAGUUUUCCUGUCCGCUCCUGCCUUCCAGUCCCUGCCCCAGGGUUGGUGCACCCCUUUAGUCUUCUUUUGUUCCAUAGGCCUGUUCAAUCUUUGGCUGAAGGGUGAACCUCAGGAGUGACCUCAUGACUGAACUGAAAGCCUGUCCAGGGGCCAUACUCUCAGGGUUUCUCCAGUCUCUGUCAGGCCAGCAAGUCUGGACUUUUUUUUUUUUUUAAUAAUUGUUAUUGUGCUUUAAGUGAAAGUUUACAAACCAAGUCCGUCUGUCACAUAUAAGCUUAUAUACACCUUACUCCAUACUCCCACUUACUCUCCCCCUAAUGAGUCAGCCCGCUCCCUCCUUCCAGUCUCUCUUUUCGUGACCGUUUUGCCAGUUUCUAACCCUCUCUACUCUCCCUUCUCCCCUCCAGACAGGAGAUGCCAACACAGUCUCAAGUGUCCACCUGAUACAAGUAGCUCACUCUUCAUCAGCAUCUCUCUCCAACUCAUUGUCCAGUCCUUUCCAUGUCUGAUGAGUUGUCUUCAGGAAUGGUUCCUGUCCUGGGCCAAUAGAAGGUUUGGGGACCAUGACCGCCGGGAUUCUUCUAGUCUCAAUCAGACCAUUAAGUCUGGUCUUUUCAUGAGAAUUUGGGGUCUGCAUCCCUCUGUUCUCCUGCUCCCUCGGAGUUCUCUGUUGUGCUCCCUGUCAGGGCAGUCACCGGUUGUGGCCAGGCACCAUCUAGUUCUUCUGGUCUCAGGAUGAUGUAAGUCUCUGGUUCAUGUGGCCCUUUCUGUCUCUUGGGCUCUUAGUUGUCGUGUGACCUUGGUGUUCUUCAUUUUCCUUUGAUCCAGGUGGGUUGAGACCAAUUGAUGCAUCUUAGAUGGCCGCUUGUUAGCGUUUAAGACUCCAGACGCCACAUUUCAAAAUGGGACUCAGGAUGUUUUCAUAAUAGAAUUAUUUUGCCAAUUGACUUAGAAGUCCCCUUAAGCCAUAGUCCCCAAACCCCCGCCCUUCCUCCGCUGACCUUCGAAGCAUUCAGUUUAUCCCAGAAACUUCUUUGCUUUUGGUCCAGUCCAGUUGAGCUGACCUUCCGUGUAUUGAGUAUUGUCCUUCCCUUCAUCUGAA